AUGCUAAGAACUAAUGCAUAUUGUCAAGUACCACCAGCCGGUGGCGUCACACUUCAAGAGCCCGAGAUCGUCCUUUCUCCGUUAGCCUCCCUCCCCACUCCUGCGGACCCUGCCUUUCCUGAGCAGUCUCUCCGUGGAGUUCCGCCGCAGGACGCUGACACUAGCCCUUCGUGUUCGAGCUACCUGCAUUUCUCCUUACCCCAGGAGGAAUACCUCAUUGAGAGCUUCUUUGAUAUUGCCCAGGAUGCGAAUCCUAUCUUUUCGAAAGAACGGUUUCUCCGCCGCUAUCGGAGCUCGCUUUGCAGCCAAGAUCUCAUCUCGGCCAUGGCCAUCAUUGGUGCAAAACUGACCCAGUUUGCCAUGAACGAUGACGGAUCAAGUAUAGAUGCCGGGCUGGACUCACUCCUCAGCUCAAGCCUGCUAGAAGAUGACCUGAUUGGAGACGCUCCAUCCCUUGAUCAGUUCCGCAAAGCCUAUGUACUGGCCUUCUACGAGUUCCAUCAAUUCCCAGGACACCACUCCUGGCUGCGUAUUGGUAGGUUAACGCGCAUGGCCUAUCGUAUCGGCCUAGACCGACUUGAUCAUAUCCGCGCGCUCUAUCCCGACUGGAGCACGGUUAGCAAUGAAGAUAUCCAAGAAUGGCGAGCGCUAUGGUGGCGUAUCUACCGACUCGACACAUACUCCAAUCUCGCCUCCGGAACACCGUAUCUAAUUGACGAUGCGGCCAUCAAUAUCUUCUUUAACGUCAGUCAAGCAAAGGCUGCCUCCCGGGGAAUAUUCCUGCCUCCUAACUCGGACGGUCUAUCUGAACUCCUUCCUGCCAUCACAUCAGACCCGGAGACCUUGCUAAACAACAUUCACAACAUCACCGUCGCCACCAUGCGCCAGGCCGGUCUGGUCAUCCGCAUGCACCUGCUGCGAUGGCAAGAGGGGAUAGUGGCACAUGUCGCCAACGUCGAGCGACAGCUAACUACACUUCGUCUUGCCCUUCCGCGGGGCUGGCUCAACCCCCGACGCAAUGCGUUCGCAAACAAGACGCCCAUCGACCACCAUGCAAGGCUAAUCACUGUCUUCCAUCUGCGGAUGGCACAAUUGCUCCUUUCAGUCGUGGACUGCGGUCAACGACGAGCAGAUGACUGGCAUUCAAGCUGGCAGCGCGUUCUUGAGACGUGUCAGGACAUUGCCUCACUGGCUGGUCAAUGGGAUAGUACAUUCUGCCUCACUGUGGACCCGGCAAUCACGUUUACCAUUUUCACGACGCUUAUCUUCCUUGAUCUUCAUAGAAAGUCGAGGACAGUGCCACAUAAUAGUCUCUACUCUAGUAUCGACCAUGACGUCACUGUUCUUCAUUUACAACUCAGGCAUUUUGGAAACAUCUGGACGCAGGCGAGGCUGCUUACCUUGUCGUUCGAAAGCUUCAGUGAAUCCGUGUCUGGGCCGCUUUCCUACAAUCAUCUUGCUUUGAUCCUGUCGCGCUUCGAGGCGCCGCUGCAUCCAAGGUUUGUCCGUGGUAUCCCCAAUGAGCGGCUCAGAGCUCGAUCUUUCCAAUGCGACAAAGUCGAAUGGUCAUCCUCUGACUCCGACCCCUCCAUCUUUAACCUCUACCCCCUCAACCAGGACAAGAUCCCAAGCAUGAACCUGGAAACCGCGCGCGUCUAA